CUUGCUAAAGAGCCUGCAAAACACUACACAACCAAGAGGAUUUGUGGUUUGCCUUUUUCCCACAAGAACAUCCUCACAGUUCUUUGAACUUGGAUCUAUCACGGGGAAAAGCCCACCCUCGGCUCUGUAUGUUGUUGGACUGGACGUAUUAAAUCUUCCCUGUUCUCUGGAAGGUGAAGGGGAAGAAAAUGAAGCUUCUUGUGGCUUGUUUUGUGGUGCUGCAGCUGCUGAUUGUGACGGAAAUCCAGAGUUUUGAAUUUGUUGUGGAAGAAGACCCAGAGAAACUGGCAGAGCUGUUUGACUGGGAGACGAGGGGCUUCAUCUCAAGCCCCCAGCUGCGAAGGGGCAGAUUUCAGAGAAGCACCUCCGACUCUGAAGAGGAGGAAGAACUGCUUCUCGGUGAUGACAAAAUCAUCCUCCACAGCUACAAGAUCCAGUCCACCAUCACGUCCCGCAUGGCCAACACGAUGGUCCAGACCAUAGUGGAAAACAGAGCCAAGCGCCCGCAGAAUCUGGCCUUUGAUGUCCAGGUCCCCAAAGAGGCCUUUAUCCACAAUUUCACUAUGAACUUCAACGGUAUCACAUUUACGAGCUCAAUCAAGGAGAAAUCGGCUGCUCGAUCGCAGUAUGCCGAGGCGAGGGCCAAGGGCAAAGCUGCUGCCAUCCUCAGGAGCAACGCCUUUGACAUGGAGAACUUCAAAGCGGAACUCAACGUCCCAAGUGGAACCAAAGUCCAGUUUGAAAUUCACUAUCAAGAAUCCAUCCGGAGGAAACUGUCAACUUAUGAACAUAUCAUCCCUCUGCAUCCAGGGAGGCUGGCCAAAAAUUUGGAGGUGAAUGUCCACAUCGUCGAACCACAGGGGAUCAGUUUUGUCCACGUUCCUAACACCCUUAGUGAGCAGUUUAACGAUGCAGCUACAGUCAACAAAGAAAAGAAAAAGGCACACGUGUCCUUCAAACCGAGCCUGGCCCAGCAGCGGGAGUGCUCCAAUUGUACCACCACAGCUGUGGAGGGCAAUCUUGUGGUGACCUACGAUGUCAACAGAGAGACGAAAGCUGGAGAGCUGGAGAUCUUCAAUGGGUAUUUUGUCCACUACUUUGCUCCGGAUGAUUUGGACCCUUUGCCGAAAAACAUCCUGUUUGUCAUCGAUGUCAGCGGCUCCAUGUGGGGAAUAAAAAUGAAACAGACCGUUGAAGCUAUGAAGACCAUCCUGGGUGAUCUCCGAUCCGAUGACCAGUUUUCUAUCCUGGAUUUCAACCACAACGUCCGGUGCUGGAGGGACAGUUUGGUGCAAGCCUCCAAAAUCCAGACCGAAGCAGCCAAGAAGUACGUUGAAGGAAUCCACCCCAAUGGAGGGACCAACAUCAAUGAUGCCCUUCUCCGGGCCAUGUUUAUUUUAAACGAAGCCAACUCUUUGGGGAUGCUGGAUCCAAGUUCUGUCUCCAUGAUAAUAUUGGUUUCGGAUGGAGACCCAACUGUUGGAGAACUAAAACUGCCAACGAUUCAGAAAAACGUGAAGAAGCAUAACCGGGAUGCCAUCUCUUUGUUCUGCCUCGGAAUCGGCUUUGAUGUGGACUAUGACUUUCUGAAGAGGCUGGCGACAGAAAACAACGGAGCCGCACAACGGAUCUUUGGGAAUCAGGAGACUUCUUCCCAAAUGAAGAAAUUCUACAACCAGGUUUCUACCCCGCUUCUCAAAAAACUAGACUUCAACUAUCCGGAAGGCUUGGUGUCUGACGUCACCCAGAGCACUUUCCAACAUUAUUUUGGAGGCUCGGAGAUUGUGGUGUCGGGAAAAGUCGACACUGAAAAUGUGCAGCAUUUGCAGAGUGUGGUAACAGCCACAGCGUCCAAUGCACAGUUAAUCUUGGAGACUCUGGCAGAUGUGGAGGGACUGGAUGAGUUCCUGGACAAGGAUCAGCACGCGGAUCCCAAAUUCACGGAAAAGCUGUGGGCCUACCUGACUGUCAACCAACUCAUGGCUGAAAGAAACGUGGCUCCUUCUGCGGCCGUGAAAAGGAACAUCACCAAGGCCAUUUUGCAGAUGUCGCUGGAUCAUCAUAUCGUCACCCCUUACACAGCGAUGCUCAUUGAGAGCCCCGACGGGGACGAGCUGAUGCUGGCCGACUCCCCUCAGGACCGCAAGAGGGCCUGUUGUCCAGGUGCUCUAACCAUUGGACAGCCCAAGCCCGAGAAGCCCAUCCCUGCUUGGCCUCAGCAGGGCUCCAAAGACCUGGAAUCGGCCCUUGGCCCUCCUACUGGACCAGAUGUACAUACAGGGUCCAUAGUUAUUGGCCAAGAACGACCGGACAACUCCAUCCCAUCCUGGGCGAAGCCCACCAAGAAAUCUGGAGGCCCUUUACCUGCUAUCAUGGGCCCAACCUCUGCCAUGGAUGCAGGAUCUUUAAUCUCAGGGCACCACAAGCCUGUUAACUCCAGCAUCUUGUCCAAGAAUCCAGAUGACAGCAAGAGCAUACAUUCAGUGGACAACGAUCCCCAUUUCAUCAUCACCCUCCCAAGGCAACAGAAGAACAUCUGCUUCAAUAUUGAUUCUCAACCAGGGGCCAUCCUGAAUUUGAUAUCAGACGCGGAGUCCAGAAUCACAAUUAAUGGGAAACUCAUUGGAGCCAAGAGGGUUUUGCGUAACAAACUCAACACCUAUUUUGGCAAGAUUGGGUUUAAUUUUGAAGCGAAAGGCCUGAAGGUCGAAGUCAGCCCUGAGGCGAUCACCUUGAAGGACGGUUCUUCCACCACUUCUGUUUCCUGGUCGGAGACAGGAAGUCUCAUUCGGAGGAGGUUGUUGGUCUCGGUCAAGAAAGACAGCAACGUGACUCUCACCGUAGACGGGGAUCUGACCUUUAUGGUCCUGCUCCAUCGGGUUUGGAAGAAGCACCCUGUGAACGUGGAUUUCUUGGGCAUCUACAUCCCUCCGGCCAAUAAUUUCUCCUCCAGUGUGCAUGGCCUCAUUGGUCAGUUCUUGCAGGAGCCAGACGUGCUCAUCUACAAUGAGAGACCAGGACAAGAUCCCGGGAAAUCUGAUGCCACCAUGGAAGUGAAAGGCCACAAGCUGACCGUCACGCGAGGCCUGCAAAAGGAUUAUCGCUCGGACCGGGUGUUCGGGACCAACGUCCAGUGCUGGUUUGUCCAUAACAACGGCAAAGGGUUCCUGGAUGGCCACUACCGAGAUUACCUGGUCCCUCAUUUAUACAGCUACCUGAAGCGCAUCUGAAGGCUCGGCAGGGCAAGGGAACUCUCCGAGUGGCCACGCAACUCAUCCUGUAGCAAAUUCACAGCUUUGGGAAGGGCUUCGUGGCGGGCUGAUCCAGCCUAAUACUGCACACAUUCCUUUUCCACCCCCCCCCCCCAAAAAAAUUAUCCUCUCCAGGGGUAUUUGGACUUUGUGUCACUGGGACUGCUUGUGGUGAACGCAAACCAAAAAUCCCACUUUCGAGCAAAGUUGCAUUUGGAAGCAAAUGUGACCCCAAGGGUGCUGGAGAAACGCAGGAAGUUUGUUUAUUUUUCCCGACUGUAUAAAGACCGUGUAGCCAAACGGAAUUAAAGUAGUAAAUUCCCCCCCCCCCC